AUGCUGAAACCGUCUCUAAAACGUUCGUGGACAGAUGAAUCGCACUAUUUUCAGUCCCCUCCACUAUCACCACAGAUCGAGAAACUCAGUUUGAUUCAAGGCUGUUCCGAAAUCUCACACAACUUUAGGGAACGAACUGCAUUCGAACGACCGCCUACCACCACCAACAACCAAAUGUCAUGGUAG